ACUCAUAUUCCAGCACUCUAUAUAUAAUCACAAAAUUUUAUUCUGCCUUGUCAGUAAGAACAACAAGCUUUCUUAAAGUCAAGAACAUCAAGAACCUCAAGUCUUUAUAGUCAAUCAUACUCAAAUUCACCCUGUUUUGCUAGCAGAGAAAUGGGUUUUUGUCUACCAUGUAGUUCAGAAAUCAUGAAAACGAUGGUGGACAUGUUAUGUGGAGGAAAUGAGGACAAGAGUGUGCAUAAAGAAGAUGAGAAGAAGAAGAAGAUCAGAGGGAAAGUUGUGUUGAUGAAGAAGAAUGUGCUGGACUCCAGUGAUCUGUGUUCUGCGGUUCUUGAUCGUGUGCAUGAGCUCUUUGGGAGAGGCGUUUCGCUGCAACUGGUCAGCUCGGUUCGUGGGGAUUCAGCUAAUGUACUAAGAGGGAAGCUUGGGAAAGCAGCAUUCCUGGAAGACUGGGUAACGAAAAUCACAGCAGUGGCAGCAGGAGAUGCGGAAUUUAAUGUGACACUCGACUGGGAUGAGUCCAUUGGUGAUCCUGGAGCAUUCAUCAUCACUAACCAACACCACUCUCAGUUUUACCUCAAAACAAUCACCUUGGAGGACUUCCCUGGGCAUGGCAGAGUCCAUUUCGUUUGCAAUUCAUGGGUUUAUCCUGCAAAACGCUACAAAAACAAACGCGUCUUCUUUGCAAACAAGUGUUACUUGCCACAUGAAACACCAGAAUUCUUAAGACAUUACAGAGAAGAAGAACUUAGGAAUCUUCGCGGAAAUGGAUCAGGCAUGUUAAAGGAGUGGGACAGAGUUUACGAUUAUGCAUACUAUAAUGAUUUGGGAAGUCCAGAGGAGGGCGCAGAAUAUUCUCGCCCAGUGCUUGGGGGAUCUAAGGAAUACCCAUACCCUCGUAGAGGAAGAACAGGACGCGAUCAACACAAAAAUGAUCCUAACUCUGAAAGUAGAUUGCCGCUGCUAAGUCUGGAUAUCUAUGUUCCCCGGGAUGAAAGGUUCAAUCAUAUAAAAUUUUCAGAUUUCAUCGCUUAUGCUGUAAAGUCACUUGGCCAGAUAAUAGCACCAGAGGUCAGAGCUAUAUUUGAUAAGACUCCCAAUGAGUUUGACAGUUUUAAGGAUGUGUAUGACCUCUAUGAAGGCGGUAUUGACUUACCAGAUGGACAGAAACUCAGUAAAAUAAGGGAAUGUAUCCCCUGGGAGUUGCUUAAAGAGAUUGUUCGUUCUGAUGGUGAGCAACUCCUCAAGUUCCCAAUGCCCGAUGUCAUUAAAGCGGACAAAAGUGCAUGGAGCACAGAUGAAGAAUUUGCGCGUGAAAUGCUUGCUGGAGUGAAUCCUGUUUCCAUCCGUUGCCUUCAUGAGUUCCCACCUGCUAGCCGGCUUGAUCCAGAGAUAUAUGGCAAUCAAACCAGCUCAAUCAAAUUUGAACACAUUGAGCAAAACAUGAAUGGGUUAACCAUAGAGGAGGCAAUUGAGAACAACAAACUGUUCAUAUUAGAUCAUCACGAUGCACUGAUGCCAUAUCUGGCACGAAUCAACACAACAAAUACAAAGACCUAUGCUAGUCGGACACUUCUCUUACUCCAAGAUGAUGGAAAACUGAAGCCACUUGCAAUUGAAUUGAGCCUACCUCAUGCACAAGGAGAUAAAUACGGUGCCACCAGCAAAGUGUUUACCCCAGCAGAGAACAGCAUUGAAGGUUCAGUUUGGCAGCUAGCAAAAGCUUAUGCUGCUGUUAAUGAUUCAGGCUACCAUCAGCUCAUUAGCCACUGGCUAAACACUCAUGCAGUGAUUGAGCCAUUUGUCAUUGCAGCAAAUAGACAACUGAGCGUGCUUCAUCCAAUAUAUAAGCUUCUGCAUCCACACUUCCGUGACACAAUGCAUAUAAAUGCCUUUGCUAGACAGAUCCUCAUUAAUGCUGGUGGAGUCGUUGAGAGGACAGUGUUUCCAGCUAGAUUUUCAAUGGAAAUGUCUUCUUUUGUGUAUAAGAACUGGGUUUUCACAGAGCAGUCACUUCCUGCCGAUCUGCUAAAGAGGGGAAUGGCAGUUCCAGAUACGAGCCAGCCCCAUGGCCUUAGACUUUUGAUAGAGGACUACCCUUAUGCUGUCGAUGGCCUUGAAAUCUGGUCAGCAAUUGAGAUCUGGGUGAAGGAUUAUUGCUCUUUCUAUUACUCAACAGACGAAUCUGUCGAAGCUGACACUGAACUUCAAUCAUGGUGGUCAGAGCUCCGCAAUGUAGGCCAUGGUGACAAGAAAGAUGAUCCAUGGUGGCCUGACAUGAAGACACGGGAAGAUCUUGUUCUGAGUUGCUCCAUCAUUAUAUGGGUCGCUUCAGCUUUACAUGCUGCAGUCAAUUUUGGUCAGUAUCCUUAUGCUGGUUUCCUCCCAAACCGCCCCACUGUAAGCCGCCAUUUCAUGCCCGAGCCAGGCACUCCAGAGUACAAAGAGCUCAAGGAACACCCUGAAUCAGCAUUCCUGAAAACUAUCACAAGUCAGCUACCAACACUCCUGGGAGUUUCUCUGAUCGAGAUCUUGUCCAGGCAUUCCACGGAUGAAAUCUAUCUAGGCCAAAGAGAAAAUCCGGAGUGGACUUCAGACGUUGGACCACUGGAGGCAUUUGAAAAGUUUGGAUCAAAGCUGGCGGAGAUAGAAAACAGGAUAGUCUGCAGGAACAACGACGAGAAACUGGCCAAUCGAAGGGGCCCUGUCAACGUGCCUUACACUUUGCUUUACCCUAACACAUCAGACUACAGCAAAACAAGUGGGCUUACUGGAAAGGGUAUUCCAAACAGCGUCUCCAUAUAAUUUACAAAGUAAAUCUUUUCUUUAAGUUCUUAAACCAAUUGGGUAAAUUUCCAGAUUGUAAAUCAAUUUUCCAAACAAUGUAGUUCCUGUUAAUAAUGUUAUGUAUUGUGCAAUACUACCUGAUCGAACCGCGACAAUAAAUGCUUGCAUUUUGUUACUUUA